UGUGCUCCUUAUAUAAAAAUCUUUGACCUGUGGGGGGAAGAAGGAUUCGCGAACUCGCUUCGGAUAAGGAAAUAACCAUGGCAGCUUCAGCAGCAGCAAAGAAGGUAUGCGUAACUGGGGCAGGAGGUUUUGUAGCUUCUUGGCUCGUUAAGGUUCUUCUUUCCAAAGGAUACAUCGUUCAUGGAACUGUCAGACAACCUGGUAGUCAGAAAUAUGAGCACUUGCUGAAACUAGAGAGAGCUUCUGAGAACCUUAAACUCUUCAAGGCUGAUCUCUUGAGUUACGAAUCUGUUCACUCAGCAAUUGUUGGAUGCAGUGCAGUUUUCCAUGUUGCUAGCCCUGUACCCUCAACAAUUGUACCCAAUCCUGAGGUAGAAGUGAUUGAGCCUGCUGUGAAGGGAACUGCUAAUGUACUUGAAGCUUGUCUUAAAGCUAAAGUGGAACGAGUUGUCUUUGUAUCAUCUAUUGCUGCGAUUGGCAUGAACCCCAAUUUCUCUAAGGAUAAAGUGCUUGAUGAGUCCUGUUGGUCCGAUAAAGAGUACUGCAGAAAAAGUAAGAACUGGUAUUGUUUUUCCAAGACAGAGGCAGAGGAGCAAGCCCUGGACUUUGCUAAAAGAACCGGGCUUAGUGUGGUAAGCAUUUGUCCUACCCUUGUGCUGGGGCCAAUUUUACAGUCAACUACUGUUAAUUCUAGUAGCUUGGUUCUCCUCAAGAUUUUAAAAGGUUCUGACUCGUUGGAGAAUAAGCAUCGUUGGAUAGUAGAUGUACGAGAUUUAGUUGAUGCUUUACUUUUGGCAUAUGAGAAGCAUGAGGCAGAAGGGAGAUACAUAUGCACUUCAUUCCCAAUCAAGACACAGGAUUUGGUGGAGAAACUAAAGAGUAUAUAUCCCAACUACAAUUACCCUACGAACUUUAUUGAGGUGGAUGAUUACAGAGUUUUGAGCUCAGAGAAACUGCAAAGGUUGGGUUGGAAAUACAGGCCACUAGAGGAGACACUCAUUGAUUCUGUUGAGAGCUAUCGGGAGGCUGGACUCUUGCAAUCAGAAUAGAUUUGAAUUGUUAUUUAUCAUCUCCCUAUUGGGAGGUUGGUCUCCUUGAAUCAAAAUAAAUGUAACUUGUUAUUUAUGAUCUUCCUUAUUGGAAGGGAUUUGUGAAUGUCUUUCAGUUACUACCAUGUGCUUGUGCUGUUUGAUCACUGUAGUUGUAUUGUAUUUGACUAAUGAGUGCUUUUAAAUUCAGGAUUUCCAAACACAGAUGGCCAGUGUUCUUAAAUAUUGGAGCUUGUCAACGUUUUUGACUUGAAACGCUUUCCAAUGAAGAAGAACAUCGAGUCUUCUGCCGAAAAAUUCAAGGUUUAUGGUUCUCAGGUUUAGAAUGGUAUCUAGUUUGGAAAUUGUAAGAUUUUUAUAUUGGAAACCUUGAGACUAGUCUUACUCGACUGGUAACAUAAGGAUAUAGUUUUCAGUACUAUAUGUUUGUGAAAGUGAAGUCUGUGACUGUGAAGAUAUGAUGAGAUGCUUUCUAAUUUUUCAGCCAAGCUUUAAUAUUUGAAAAGUGAAAUGAAGAAAGGAUUCAUUUUUCCCCCUUC